GUCUAACAAAUCAUAAAAAUCGUAACAAUAACAAGCUCUGUCCAUUACAGAUUUUUUAUUGUCAAAAUUUUGAUCUAAUUGAAUUGGUUAUUUCGGAUUUUUCACGAUACAUUACUUGCUAAUUAUUAUACAGAUACUCAUUACUUGCUAAUAAACAGUACAGUUUUUGAAUAUGUCAAAUAAAAUAUCAAUUGAUGCUCGACAAGAAUUAGCUGAAUUAGUAAAAAGGAAAGCAGAAAUUGGGGAAACCUUAGCAAAUUUGGAAAAGCAAAUAUAUGCUUUUGAGGGAUCCUAUCUAGAAGAUACUCAGCUGUAUGGUAAUAUAAUACGAGGCUGGGAUAGAUACCUAUCAAGCAAUAAAACAACUAAUUCAAAAGCUGAUAAAAGAAAUAGAAAAUUCAAAGAAGCCGAAAGGUUAUUUUCCAAAUCAUCCAUCACUUCUAUGGCUGCCGUCAGUGGAAUAGUGGACCAAAAUACAGAUAAAAGUAAGAAUUCGUAUGAUGUAGAAAGUAACAAUCCUUAUGCAUACAGUAGUAAUUAAUAUUAAAUAAUAGCAAUUACUGUAGUAAUUACAUUUUUCUUUUAUUUUGUUAUAAUAAAAUGAGUAGUUUGAUAUAUUUUUAUAAAAUGAAAUUAAAUUUUUAAACUUUA